AUGAAGCGUCCUGCUGCACCCACAUGGAGGCACUACUCCCUGUUGCUGCUGCUGACGCUCAUCAAUGAAGCAAUGACCUUCAAGGUCACAUCAGGCCCAAGUUUUAUCCAGUCCAAUGAAUCUUCUGGAGCCGAAGAGAAGGCUUCCGAGAUUAUUACCGCCGUCGAUCAUUGUUUGGCGCAGCGAAUGGUGGACGCCGAGACAGAUGACUGGAAGCUGGAGCGACUCAACAAGGUGCGCACUGCAGAAGUCGUGAUGCGGCUGGUCCGGGCCAAGAUAAGCCUCAAAGAGUUCGGCACCCAAUGGAAUGACGACGAAGCCGUCGUGGAGGCUGUGAAGAUGGCGGGGCGGCAAGCUGCCGAGGAGAUUGCGCACCGCGAGUUUGAGGCGUCCAUCCGCGAGACCUUGUCGGGCUCCCAUUUGAACAAGGAAGCAGUGGAGGAGUUCGCGAAAAAGAUGAAGGCGAUGGCCGAGAUGUGUGGUAAGGGCCCAGAAGCGGCAGAGCUUGUGAAGGAGGAGCUUGCGAUCUUGAAAAGCGACAGCGAGGUAUCCACGAUGGAAUCCACAAUGGCGCACGAAAUGGCGAGCUACGUCGACGAGCUCUGCCAGCUUCAGGUCAUGGAUGUGGACUUCUUUGUCGGAAAGUUUGGACACGUCACUGAUUGCAACGAGUUGAUCGGCGUGUCCCUGGUGUCCAAAAUGCACAAGGAAACCCAAAAGCUGGACUACUUCGCAAAGACCAGUCUGGUCUUGCAUGACGAGGAGAAUGGCGUGGGGCACCACUUCGUCAAGCUUCUGAAGGGCGAGACCAGCGACUCCACCAAUGUCGCCACCUUCAAAGCCCUUCUGCAUAAUGCCACGCAGAAGAGUGCCGAGCACCUGCCAACAAUGAGUCGCUUGCGGCUGAUCGAUCUCAAGCACUACGAGCAUGUGCACGGCUUCACGGUGCAGAAGUAUUGCAACGGGACUUUGACAGAAGCGGCAGACUGGGAGAGCUCAGCGAUCCAAAACUACGUCGACUGCCUCUGCACGCGUCAGCAGCCUUCCUUGCUAUGUGAUGCCCAGCACACGGAAGAGUUGGAGGUCGCCGAGAGCUUCAAGUCCAAGGGAAUCGGUCUUGGGCCGUGCACGGGUGGUGCAUUUGAGUGCAGCUUUUGUGUCAGCGGGCAGUGCGUCGGGGGUGGUGGUCUUGCCUUCGAUCAUCUUGGGGCACUGACGUCGAUCAUUAAGGGGGCGUACAGUUGCGUGACGGGCGAGUGCUCUGUAUGCUUCGGAGUGAAACCUGGCGAUGCUCUCUCGUUCAUUUUGAGCUUUGGGGUCUCCGUGGCGGCCUGCAACAACAAGGCGGCCAUGUUCACAAGCUUUCACAUUUGGGCCUCGGUCACCUUGUGCAUUGGUGGCGUGCUUGGGAAGAUUGCCUCGGCCAUUGGCUGGAGCGCAUGUGCCGGCAUAGCACAUGUGGCCUACUACCCCUUCAUCAACAAGAUGACGAUCACCCUGAGCCUUCCGAUCUUCAUCCCACCUCCUUUGGGCGUCCAAGCACCUUUGGAGGUGAACUUGAAUCUCGGGGACCUCACCCCAGCUGUCUACAGCCACUGUGGAAAUCAAGGCCACGGAGAGUACAACUGCCUUCAGAGUAUGUUCAAUGCCCGGGGGCCGACCGGUGUGGCCGUUGGGGUAGAUAUCCUUCUGGGCAUCCAAGUCCCGGUGCUAGGCACAGUUGGAAAGUGGGUUCGGAUCCUUGGCUUCGAGAUGGCAGAGAAGGACAACUCUCGCGAGCUGGCCAUGAACAAGGCCGGGGUCACCAUCGAGUACAUUGGGAAGAACCCUGGAGGUGGAGAGUACUGUGGCAAGACCUUCUCCAACGUGAACUGUAUAAAGGAGGCUGGGGACAAAGGGUACCGGGCCAAUGCACAGGACCUGCAUGGAGAUCGCUUCCACGUCUACCGGAAUCCUAAUGAUCCGCACGACCCCAGAGCCUUGUGCGUGAGGCGCGUUGACCACUGGAAUGGCGGAUGGGGCAUGGAGUUGGAGUUGGCGUGCAAGGUUGACAACAAUCAGGGGGGAGGAGGUGGGAUUUUGGUUCCACUGGGCAUGACCCACCAUGACAAGAAGUGUGUCCUGCCACCAGAGCCAGUUCAUUGCCCUUGGUGGGCAGGCAACAAAGGCCACCGCCUUGGCUUUGAUGGGCAUGAUGCCGGCUUCAAGAUCACCGAGGAGGGCGGCCGCAUUUGCGGCCACUUGGAGCACCGCCGGCGCCGGCGCCGCCGUCACGCCCGGCGCCGCCGCAACUCAAACGGCUGGGACAUGAACCUUGUGCUUGAAUGCGACUCAAAGGGCCACGACGUCAAUUACGUUGUCCAAGACAUCAACUUCGGCACGUCCCAUACAAAUAUGAAAUGCGUUUUGCCCACUCACCGUGUGGAGUGCGAGUGGGAUGCGGGCAAUCAUCACAAACGUGCAAACGAUCACAAGAACGGCGACACCUUCCACAUCUGGAACUCUCACACUGGCCACCUGUGCGUGAGACGGACGGAUGCAGGGGGCGGCUGGGGCAUGGACUUGCGGGUUCAGUGCAAGCAAUACGAAAAGCUCUGGGGCAAGACCAAAGUGGUGAUCGGCAACAGCCACUACAACGAGAAGUGCGUUCACCAGCCUCAGAAAGGCCUUCGCUGCGCUGAUCUAGCAGGCAACAGGGAGUACCGGAGCAUGAACACCGACAAGGGUGACGCCUUUUACAUUGAGCAGCGGGACGGGCAUGUGUGCGCUCGGCGCACGGAUGGUGGGAGGCGCCGGCGCCAUCGCCGCCGCAGGAGGAACUUGGAGGUCGACUGCAAGGUCUUGCAAGGGCCUUGGGGCACCGUCUCCAUUGGUGGCUGUUGGACACCAUCCCACUACAGGUGCUGGCUCCCGGAGCACAGGAUGGUUUGCGACACAGAGGUCAAUUGGCAUCAUCCCUUCCUCAUUUGGGAGGAUCACACCCAGCGCAUCUGCGCGAGGCGCCAGGAUGGAUACCACGGGUGGACCGGCAAUCUGCAGUUGGAGUGUCAGCAGAAGGAAAAGCGCUGGACAAGGGUGCAGAUCAACUUUGGGACCAGCUGGGACAACGAGAAGUGCAUCGAUCAUCACCAACAAGAGUAUAUUCAAUGUGACUAUUUGGCGGGAAAUCCGGAAUACCGCCUUUGGGAGCAGCAUCAUGGCGACUCCUUCUACAUUGAGCACAAAAACAACCAGAUUUGUGCUCGCCGUACUGACGCUGCUGCUGGCUGGGGACUGAACUUGCAGAUCCAUUGCAAGCAAUACACCUUCAAAAUCCGGGAGAUGGUGGCAAGAGUUCAGGCACAAGUGGAGCGCACCGUCAGCGUGGUCUCGAACAUCCUAUCGAGAUUCUCGUUCCGAUGA